ACCAAACAAACAGAAGCCAGGUGACAGAUUCUUGUACAUUCGAGUCUAUCCCGCUAAGGCCUACACGUGUACUGUCAAGAUCAUUUUUAAACUUCGAAGAUCAACGACCAAUAUUUCUCUCGAAACCUUUCCUUCUAGAGCGGACUUCUGAGUCCUGACGGCUGCGUUUCUUAAUCUGUCAAUCAGAUCCCUCUUCACUUCUUCAAUCCUCGAAUCCUCUCCUCUGUGCAAAAAUCACAGGCUUUCCAAAAAUGGCAGAGUCAAAACCAGGAUUGAGGAAACCAGUGUUUACUAAGGUUGAUCAGCUGCGCCCAGGAACUAGUGGGCAUACUUUAACAGUGAAGGUUGUCAGUGCAAAAAUGGUAUUACAGAAAGGUCGUGCUGAUGGUCCUCAAGUACGUCAAAUGCGAAUUGCUGAAUGCCUAGUUGGGGAUGAGACAGGAAUGAUCAUAUUCACUGCUAGAAAUGAUCAAGUGGACUUGAUGAAAGAAGGUACAACAGUUACACUUCGCAAUGCAAAAAUUGACAUGUUUAAAGGAUCAAUGAGACUUGCUGUGGACAAGUGGGGUAGGGUGGAAGUCACGGAACCUGCCAACUUCACUGUGAAGGAAGAUAACAACCUUUCCCUAAUUGAAUAUGAGCUUGUCAAUGUUAUUGAAGAGUGACUUUCUGGAUGCUGCACACUUCUCUGCUACAUUGUGAUCCAAGAAUAAAAACAACUCCAGCAAAGCAUAUUAAUGUUGUUUAUGGGGUAUCCCAUGUGCAAAGUGCUCGUGAAGUUCAUUUUUAGGAAGAUGAAAUCUGGAAGCUAGUAUUGCCCAAGCGGCUUCUUACCUUUGCAGCAGAUCCAGUGGAACCUUUUGGUUGAACCUCCAAACAGAUAGGGAUGGCUGUAAAUUAAUGAGUUAAAGCAGCUGGCUUUUGGAACCUGGUUUUUGCUUUGUUAGUAGUUAUUUAUUUUGGACUGUAGGUGUCCUUUGCCUGGUAGAUUAUACUUCAGAAUAUUAAUGUUAUAAAGAAGUAUUGUACUCUGUGGAACCUAAUGUGAUUCUUACAUCUUCCACUA